AUAGCCUCGUUGCAGGUUCGCGGGUGAAAGACAGCCGCCAUCUUGCGUCAGGAGUGUUAUAUGUAACCUGAAAUAUUGUGUUUUAUGUCAUUAUCAGGGCCACUCAUUUCCUAAUGUUCCAAACUAACUUCUUAUUAAACAGAUGCAAGGCUUGUCAGCCUUACGAAUUUCUAAAUGUAACACUUACAGACAAGUUUCUCUGAAUACAAAGAUUCCAUGGUACUAGUUUUCUAAUUCAGUUAUCCUUCAUUAUUUGUCCCGUAUUCUUGGACACAAGGUUGUCCUAAAAAAAGUAAUACGCUAUAAAAAUAGCGUACCGGUACGAACUUUACUAAACAUGCCACCUCUUCCAAGUCGGGCAAGGGUUUAUCCUGAUAUAAAUACACACAAACCCAAAGAAUAUUGGGAUUAUGAGUCACAUGUUGUGGAAUGGGGCAAUCAGGAUGACUAUCAAAUUGUACGCAAGUUGGGAAGAGGGAAAUACAGUGAAGUAUUUGAAUCUAUCAAUAUCACUAACAAUGAGAAAUGUGUGAUAAAAAUUUUAAAGCCUGUUAAAAAGAAGAAAAUCAAAAGAGAAAUAAAAAUAUUGGAAAAUUUACGUGGUGGAACUAAUAUAAUAACUCUUCUUGCAAUUGUUAAAGACCCUGUGUCUCGCACUCCUGCCCUUAUAUUUGAACAUGUGAAUAACACAGAUUUCAAGCAAUUAUACCAAACAUUCACAGAUUAUGAUAUACGUUUCUAUUUAUAUGAAUUAUUAAAGGCAUUGGAUUACUGCCAUAGUUUUGGUAUCAUGCAUCGAGAUGUUAAACCUCAUAAUGUGAUGAUAGACCAUGAAAACAGAAAGUUACGUCUCAUUGAUUGGGGUUUAGCUGAAUUUUAUCAUCCAGGAAUGGAAUAUAAUGUACGAGUAGCCUCUCGUUAUUUCAAAGGCCCAGAACUUCUUUUAGAUUAUCAGAUGUAUGAUUAUUCUUUAGAUAUGUGGAGUCUAGGAUGUAUGUUUGCUAGCAUGAUUUUUAGGAAAGAACCGUUUUUUCAUGGACAUGAUAAUUAUGAUCAGUUGGUGCGAAUAGCUAAAGUUCUAGGUACAGAUGAUUUGUAUGCGUAUAUUGAAAAGUAUCAAAUAGAUUUAGAUCAACGGUUUAAUGAUAUUUUAGGAAGGCAUUCAAGAAAACGGUGGGAAAGGUUUGUCCAUAGUGAGAAUCAACAUUUAGUAAGUCCUGAGGCCUUGGACUUCUUGGAUAAACUGUUACGUUAUGAUCAUCAAGAACGGCUCACUGCUCGUGAAGCAAUGGACCAUCCAUAUUUCUAUCCUAUAGUGAAAGAACAGGGCAGAAUGUCUACAAUAUCUGGUCACUCAUCUCCGACUCCAGUAUCUAGUUCAGGACAAAUUGGAGGUCAACCGGUCAGCAGCACGGUGGGUGUGUCAAGUUCUCCGGUCCUGACACCAAGCAUAUCGCCCUUACCCAACAAUGCCGCAACAGCGCAGACGUAAUCACGGCUUGUUAUAGAAGCUCUAGCCGUUGUUAUAUCAUCUUCACUGGCAGGUUGCCGGGCAACAACUUAUACUGUUUGAGGGAUCAGUCCAAUUUGGAGCUUGAAGCAAGUUUUGUUGAUUGAAGAGCUGUUUUCCAAAUAUUUGAACUGCUAUUUGUUUAGAUAUUUAUAUAAUUUGUGAUUUGAUAAAACUAAAGACAUAACCAAUAUAAAUUGUUGUUGGUCUCUACUUCUUAAGUCUUUUGGAAAUGAGCUCUUCAGUUCUAUUUUGGCUGUAAGUGAUGGAAUGUAGGAAAAGUGUUCAUCUGUAUGAUAUAUAUCAUGUUAUCUAAUUUAAAUAAGAGCCAAGAGGUGAAUGGGUCCUUUGACUAUUUUAUUAUGUACUUAAUGGGCCGGAUUUCCACCUUUUGUAAUGGUUAAAAUGUGACUAUAUCUCAUGGUAAGGCUUUUGGCAUUUGAAUUUAUUCAAGAAAAAGAUAAAUGUUUUUAGUUUCUAUAGCAAAGCAAAUUUAUUAUUAUGUGUGUAUUUUGUUAAGUUACUGAUGUCUAUUUACUUGUUUCUUUGUUUACUUACUAAAAGAACAAAAUAAAAUGAAAAAUAAAAAAGUGAAAAUUAACCUUGCAUGUGAGUAUGGUUUAAAACCAACCAUGUCUGCGUUUAGAUGUAAUCUUGCUUUAUACCAUGCUUCCGGUUUGCUACAGCUAAAUUGCAUGGACUUCUCUAAAACAAGGUGCAAUGCCCAGAAAAAAAAAGCCCUCUUUGUAUUUCCUUACCUUCUGCUGUGAGGACAACCUAGUAUAUAAUUUUAUCAAAUUAACUGUUAUAGACGCCACAGUGCUAUAUGCCAAAUCCUAGGAUUAAAGCUUUUUUUAAAAUUUUGUUUUCUUCAACAGAUUUGAAGAGUUAAUUUUAUUACAUCGUCGUUUAAUUCUAAUGAAUUUUUAAAUCUAAAUGAUACUUGGGUGUACACUGGUAUUAAAGCACUUCCUCCAUUUUAAGCCAGUUGGGUCUAUUCAAUGUUAAACCUGCGAUAAAGAAACGAAAGUGACUAAAUGGUUCUGUCUUGCAGCAAUAGAUUUGUACAGCAUAUUUAUGCGUGAUUGGAUAUUAAAUAUGUUUCAAAGCCUCUUCUUAUGAAAUUAAAGUAUUGGAACUAGUA